AUGUCCAGAGGAGGAGCAGCACAUGGAAUCUCCAACACUCAGGACCGGGGAUGGGCCUGGAUGGUCUUGUUGGCCACUGUGCUGCUUCAGGGGCUAACGCUGAGCUUCCCCUCUUGCACUGGGGUCUUCUUCACAGACCUGCAGCGUGAGUUCCAAGCCACCAACAGUGAGACGUCAUGGUUCCCGUCCAUCAUGACAGCAGUGCUGCACGCAGGUGGGCCCCUCUGCAGCAUCUUGGUGGAGCGAUUUGGCUGCAGGUUCACCGUGAUGCUCGGUGGCCUACUCAGUGGAGUGGGCAUGGUUGCCAGCUCCUUUUCUAAGUCCAUCAGCCAGCUCUACAUAACAGCCGGCUUCAUUACUGGCCUAGGAUCCUGUUUUGGCUUCCAGGCAGGAGUGACUGUGCUGGGCUACUACUUUGUCCGCCGACGGGCUUUGGCCAAUGCCCUAGCAUCCACCGGUGCCUCCAUCGGCCUCACGCUGUGGCCAUUGAUCUCUCAGUAUCUGUUGGAUGAGAUGGGCUGGAGAAACUCUUUCCUCAUCUUUGGCGGGGUGCUGUUGAACGCUUGUGUCUGUGGGGCUGUGAUGAGGCCAGUCCAGCUUGGGCCUCCCAGGUCACCGCUGCAGCCCAGCCCUGGACAGGAGCCAGGCAACUCAGCUGAAGAUGCACAGGUGUCCAACGGAGCCACCCCUCAUCAGGUGGAGCCCCCGCAGCAGGCCAGGUUUGCUGCUUGCAAGCAGACGCUGCAGAAGUACCUGGCUUUUGAUAUCUUCUGCAAAAACAAAGGUUACCAGAUUUACACCAUUGGCGUGGCCUGGAUGGUGAUGGGCUUUGUGCUGCCCCUCAUCUACCUGGUGCCUUAUGCCAUCCGGAACGGGGUGGAGGAGCGCAAGGCCGCCCUCCUUAUCUCCAUCAUCGGCUUCAUUAACAUCUUCAUGCGCCCCAUGGCUGGGCUGCUUUCAGGACUCAAUAUCUUCACUGGGAAGCGGAUUUACCUCUUUAGCCUGGCCACGCUGCUCAAUGGGCUCAGCAAUCUCAUCUGCGUCAUCUCAGCCGACUUCAGCGUGCUCAUCCUCUACUGCCUCAUCUACAGCAUAUCCAUGAGUGGCAUUGGGGCGCUGAUCUUCCAGGUGCUGAUGGAUGUGGUGGAGAUGGACAGGUUCUCAAGUGCCUUAGGCCUCUUCACCAUCCUGGAGAGUGUCACCAUCCUCCUCGGACCCCCACUCACAGGUCUUCUGGUGGAUAUAACUGGCCACUUCAGUUAUGUCUUCUAUGCCUCCAGCUUCUUCAUGGUGUCAGCUGCGCUCUUCAUGGGUCUCAGCUUCUGUGCUUUAGACAGAAAGAACAAACUGAAAGAGGCUCUGAAGCCAACCUCCGAUAGCCCCUCCAGAUACCAAUACACUGAAGUGCCAACUAACCCAAAGCUUGAAAAACAAGCCCCUCCUGCCGUCAUGUACAUCACAAGCAUCUGA